UCUUUUGUCCCUCGGCGGACACCGUUUGCCAGUCAAAGCUAUGUCUCCGCGCUCACCGACUUCAUAGGGUUCCGAAUUCUGUCUUUUUUCCCCAAGCUUGCCAUGGCUAGUCGAGGGGCUCGGCAGCGCCUGAAGGGCAGCGGGGGCAGCAGUGGGGAUACGGCCCCGGCUGCGGACAAGCUGCGGGAGCUGCUGGGCAGCCGAGAGGCUGGCGGCGCGGAGCACAGGACCGAGUUAUCUGGGAACAAAGCAGGACAAGUCUGGGCACCUGAAGGAUCUACUGCUUUCAAGUGUCUGCUUUCAGCAAGGUUAUGUGCUGCUCUCCUGAGCAACAUCUCUGACUGUGAUGAAACAUUCAACUAUUGGGAGCCAGUAGACACACUACCUCAUCUAUGGGGAAGGGUUUCAGACUUGGGAAUAUUCCCCAGCAUAUGCCAUUCGCUCCUAUGCUUACCUGUUGCUUCAUGCCUGGCCAGCUGCAUUUCAUGCAAGAAUUCUACAAACUAAUAAGAUUCUUGUGUUUUACUUUUUGCGAUGUCUUCUGGCUUUUGUGAGCUGUAUUUGUGAACUUUACUUUUACAAGGCUGUGUGCAAGAAGUUUGGGUUGCAUGUGAGUCGAAUGAUGCUAGCCUUCUUGGUUCUCAGCACUGGCAUGUUUUGCUCAUCAUCAGCGUUCCUUCCUAGUAGCUUCUGUAUGUACACUACGUUGAUAGCCAUGACUGGAUGGUAUAUGGACAAGACUUCCAUUGCUGUGCUGGGAGUAGCAGCUGGGGCUAUCUUAGGCUGGCCAUUCAGUGCAGCUCUUGGUUUACCCAUCGCCUUUGAUUUGCUGGUCAUGAAACACAGGUGGAAGAGUUUCUUUCAUUGGUCGCUGGUGGCCCUCAUACUCUUUCUGGUGCCUGUGGUGGUCAUUGACAGCUACUAUUAUGGGAAGUUGGUGAUUGCACCACUCAACAUUGUUUUGUAUAAUGUCUUUACUCCUCAUGGACCUGAUCUUUAUGGUACAGAACCCUGGUAUUUCUAUUUAAUUAAUGGAUUUCUGAAUUUCAAUGUAGGCUUUGCUUUGGCUCUCCUAGUCCUACCACUGACUUCUCUUAUGGAAUACCUGCUGCAGAGAUUUCAUGUUCAGAAUUUAGGCCACCCAUAUUGGCUUACUUUGGCUCCAAUGUAUAUUUGGUUUAUAAUUUUCUUCAUCCAGCCUCACAAAGAGGAGAGAUUUCUUUUCCCUGUGUAUCCACUUAUAUGUCUCUGUGGUGCCGUGGCUCUCUCUGCACUUCAGAAAUGUUACCACUUUGUGUUUCAACGAUACCGCCUGGAGCACUAUACUGUGACGUCGAAUUGGCUGGCAUUAGGAACUGUCUUCCUGUUUGGGCUUUUGUCGUUUUCUCGCUCUGUGGCACUGUUCAGAGGAUAUCACGGGCCCCUUGAUUUGUAUCCAGAAUUUUACCGAAUUGCUACAGAUCCAACCAUCCACACUGUCCCAGAAGGCAGACCUGUGAAUGUCUGUGUAGGAAAAGAGUGGUAUCGAUUUCCCAGCAGCUUCCUUCUUCCCGAUAAUUGGCAGCUUCAGUUCAUUCCAUCAGAGUUCAGAGGUCAGUUACCAAAACCUUUUGCAGAAGGACCACUGGCUACCCGGAUUGUUCCUACUGACAUGAAUGACCAGAAUCUAGAAGAGCCAUCCAGAUAUAUCGAUAUCAGUAAAUGCCAUUAUCUAGUGGAUUUGGACACCAUGAGAGAAACACCUCGGGAGCCAAAAUAUUCGUCCAAUAAAGAAGAAUGGAUUAGCUUGGCCUAUAGGCCAUUCCUUGAUGCUUCUAGAUCUUCAAAGCUGCUGCGGGCAUUCUAUGUCCCUUUCCUGUCAGAUCAGUAUACGGUGUAUGUAAACUACACCAUCCUCAAACCCCGGAAAGCAAAGCAAAUCAGGAAGAAAAGUGGAGACCGGAGAAGAGCAGAACCAACUUACAGGAAGAAUUGAAAAUCCUGGAUGGCUGUGUUAAGCUGUUCUCCACACUCUGGCCUGGCAUCUGAGAACUAGCAAGCCUCUCUUAGGCCAUAUGGGCUUCUCCACCAAAGCUGUUUGGCAGCUCCUAGCAGACCUUCUUAUUCAAAUCCUCGUGCUGAAAAUGAACAUAGCCUAGUUGCCAGCCCACAUAUCCUUUUCACCUCCAGCAAGACUAAGCUUCUUUAAAGCACUUCACAGGACUAGGACCCUGUCCUGGAGCUAUCUCAGGAAAAAGGCGACCAUUUGAGGAACUGUGACCUAAUUUUAUUAUAAUGAUGCCUCUAAUUUUAAUUUCCUUUACAACCCACUGUACCUAUAUGGUUGUAUUGUUUUUUUGUUUAGUUUUAGCAUGCUGUGUUUUGAAUUCUAGACUCCUCCGUGUGAAGAUAUCAACAGACAAAACUACAACUGUACAGGACAUAUUUGGAGAAAAUUUUAUCAAUUGAUAGAUUUGGAUGACAUCACAUUUUUAAGUAAUGUAAUCUGAGGCCACUGCUGAGGAAAUUAAGAAUUUUCCUUUUUUUUUUUAACCACCCCCAGUGAAAAGGACCAGUGUAUAUUUAUAGCACCUAUUUUUUAGUUCUGUCUGUUGUGAGGCACAUCCUGCAUGGGGCACUUCUAGUCAAAUAGGCAAUUAUAAGGACCUAAUUAAAAUGUAAUAAGUAUUUACUAUUACUUUAAAAGCCUUUACUGUCAGAACUUCAGUUUACAAGGCACUUUCACAGCAUCUCAUUUGAUCCUCACAAUCACAACAUGUGGUAGACAAGGCAGGUGAUUUUUAUCCCCAUUUUACAGAUAAGGAAACAGGCUGGGGUGGGGAGUGAGGGGAGGUAAACAUAGUUGCCUGAGGUCACACAGCCAGUAAGUAAUAGAGCUGGGACUGGAACCUAGGUUUCCUUACUCUCAUCUGUUGCUCCUCCAUAUUCCUCACUCAACCAUGAAAACAUUACUCGAAAGGACUGAUGAGCUUAACCAGAGACCCAACUGAUAUUGUAACUUUCUAUUUUAAGGAAGAAUUGUAUCUGUAUUUCUUUGAGUUCUUUGGAGCCUCCAGUCUGCCUGUAUGUUAGACCAGCACAGCAGUGCUGUGUGAUGCAGCCUGACCUGUGGCAGGAAAGUAGUACUUCUGUUUGGAAGUCGUCUUCUUUUGCAGCCACACAGGAUCCAAAUAUUAGUACUAUUCCUGUAGUCAAUCUGGGGUCACAUUAUAGGUGCCUUAUUUCCCUAAGGGUAACUGAUCUGAAUAUCUGCAAAUAGGAUGAAUCUAUUUUUCAGAAGUUCCAUCUUUCAUUUUUCCUUUUUCUUUUCUUUUCUUUUU